CGCGGUGAGAGACGGGCCAAAAUUACACUACUAAUGGCAGCGGCCGCCCGCAACAAUCGUAACGCACAUAGCAUAAAAGUUAACUAUUCAAUGGUAAAGUUUAUAGCUGUUUAAAAGUUAAAAAUAAAAGAAAAAUGCCGGCCGAUUCGACUAUUAUUAUGAACGGAGAAGAUAGAAAGAACGCGAUUCUGUUUCAAAGUCUCCCAGAGAGAUCCAAGCAUGAAGAUUUUAUAAGACGGGCGGUUGAUUUGUUGGUAGAAAGAGUAGUGUUUGGUAGAGCAAAUCGUAGUUCGAAAGUAGUCGAGUGGACAUCACCUGAGAACAUUAAGAAAGCGAUAGAUCUGAAGCCUCACGAUGGAGCUGCAUCUCAUGAUGAGCUGCUGGCGUUAAUGGCUGAUGUUGCACGUUAUUCCGUCAACACAGCACAUCCGUAUUUCGUGAACCAGCUUUUUUCAUCGGUUGAUCCCUACGGUCUCAUUGGUCAGUGGCUUACAGAUGCCCUAAAUCCUAGCGUGUACACAUUUGAGGUUGCCCCUGUUUUUACUCUGAUGGAGGAAGAGGUACUUCGUGAGAUGAGGGCGAUCAUCGGGUGGUCUGAUAACGAAGGUGACGGUAUCUUUUGCCCAGGAGGAUCCAUUGCAAAUGGAUAUGCUAUAAGCUGUGCUCGAUACUACUUUUACCCAGAAACUAAGAGAAAAGGCUGUUAUGCAGUACCUAAUUUAGUGGUUUUCACCUCCGAGCUUGCUCAUUAUUCGACAAGAAAAAUGGCCGCUUUUAUGGGUAUCGGUAGUGACAACUGCAUUGCGGUAAAGGCCGACGAAUUCGGUAAAAUGGAUGUAGAGGACUUAGAGAAAAAAAUCAACGAAAGUUUAGAAGCCGGUUCUACUCCUUUUAUAGUGACAGCUACUGCUGGUACAACUGUAUUUGGCGCAUUCGAUCCCAUUGUACCUGUUGCUAAUUUAUGCAAAAAAUACAACCUCUGGUUACACGUUGAUGCUGCUUGGGGCGGUGGUGCUUUAAUGUCGAAGAAACAUAGGCAUCUUUUAAAUGGAAUUGAAUUAGCUGAUUCUGUCACAUGGAACCCUCAUAAGCUGUUGGCCGCCCCGCAACAGUGUUCUACAUUUUUGACAAGGCAUAAGCACGUCCUUGAAGAAGGACACUCCUCGAAUGCGAAGUAUCUCUUCCAGAAAGAUAAAUUUUACGACACAUCGUAUGACACUGGUGACAAACAUAUUCAGUGCGGUCGAAGGGCCGAUGUCCUGAAAUUCUGGUUCAUGUGGAAAGCGAAGGGCAAUGACGGUUUUGAACAGCAUAUCGACAAGCUAUUUGAUAACGCUAGCUUCUUCCUUGAACAUAUUAGACAAAAAGAAGGUUUUCGGCUCGUUCUUGAGAAACCAGAGUGCACUAAUAUAAUGUUUUGGUACAUUCCUAAGUGCCUCCGAGGCUGUGAGAACGAACCAACGUACCAUGAAAGGUUGCAUAAGGUUGCUCCAAAAUUGAAGGAACGAAUGAUAAAGGAAGGGAGUAUGAUGGUCACGUAUCAGCCGCAAGGUAAUCUCGUGAACUUUUUCCGCAUUGUUUUUCAAAACUCUGCGCUCGAUCACAAGGAUAUGGUCUACUUUGCUAACGAGUUCGAGAGACUUGGAUCGGAUAUAACUGUUUAGAGUAUUGAUACUUUAACGAUACUUGAAAAAUCAUGAUAUAUCCUGUAUACUACAUCAUUUAGCCUGUGAUUUUAUUUAUAAAAUAGUUUUUAUUAGUAAAAAUAUUAAAUGUUAUGGUUCUUGAAAGUAUGUUGCAAUAGUUAUUGAUAAUUAUUUUCAAAUAAACUACUUUUUAAAAUAUA